AUGGGCAAUGCCAUGGGGUGCAGGGGUGUAGAUGGCGACUUCUACGGCGUGAGCGAGCGGCUGCCGCCCCGCUUCGAGCACCCCGCGCGCUUCCAGGGCUACCGGAAAAAGGAGCCUCACCCGCUGUACAGGACCAGCAACCAGAGCUACGGCAGCAGAGCGCCCACGGUGCACGAGAUGCCGACCUGCUACCGCAUCACCUCGCACGCCUUCUCCAGCACGCUGGCGCCCUGCGGAAUGUACCGGGACAACGGGCUCAACACCCACCUGGACAAGAGCCGCGUGACGGGAGCCGGCAACUUCAUCACGGCCUGCGACCGCCUCAACUUCCACCCCAGCUACAACCCCAGCCGGCCGUCCUUCUGCUAG